AUCAUUAAUGGUGUACGAUGCUGUCGCCGCAAAGUAGUGAGCUGAACAGAGGGCGAAGAGCUAAGAAAAUGAGUGGAAUACGGUUUGACCAUUUACUUCCAAGUAGGCAACAGUGAAUCUAUUGCCAUUACAUCCCCACCUAACAUGGGUACGGAGUGCGCCAAUGGAAUGCUGCAGCUUGCGGCUGAAGCGUUUCAAUCUAAAAACUUCGAGCUGGCGGCUGACAUCUACGAAUGCCAACUGCUGCACAUCAACGACCCUGCUUCUCAGCUGGAACUGUUGGUGAAGAGAGCAGAUGCUCUGGCGUACGGUGGUAAGGUACCCGAAGCCUUCGAAAUGUACAAGAAAGCCUCAGAAAUCGAAAGACUACGGCCUGUUCACCUGGAAAAUCUGAUAGAAUAUCUCGUUUACAGUAUUCAAAGAAAGGAGGACGCAGAUGAUCACCACCGGCUACGAGGCGACAUUAAAGAAGGCGAUGCAUACGAUGCUUUCUCAUGCAGGAUAUGUUAUGGAUUUCUAUAUGAGCCGGUUACAUUGCCUUGCGGACAUUGCUUUUGUAAAAAGUGCCUGGAUAGAGAAAAGACUCCCGUCUGUUGCAAAGAGUGCAAUGACAGUUCCAAAAUUGCCGAUGUUAACAGUUACAGAGUUAAUGUAAUUCUCAGUAACUUGCUUUCAAAGUGGUUUCCUAUUCAAUUACAUGCUGUUCAGUUGAGACGUGAGGGGAAUGGAUUGUACGCAGAAAAAAGAAUGGAAGCUGCUUUGGAAAAAUACAACGAAGCAAUACAAAUAGCACCAAGGGACCAUGUGUUAUUCAGCAAUCGAUCACAGAUCAAUUACAGUCUAAAGAACUAUGAGGAUGCCCUACGUGAUGCAGAACUGGCCUGCAAACUCAUGCCUCUGUGGUCAAAGGGACACAUAAAGAGAGCUCAAACUCUUGUCACUCUUGGGAAGACAGAAGAAGCUUUAAGAGAAUACCUAGUCUGUAUUUCCUUAGAGUCUGACUGCAAAGUAGCCAGAACAGAGGCUCAGAAGAUCCUGGCAGAUCUCUUGGGCCCUGAGACUGACCAUGUCCACACCAGGAUCCUGGACUGUUCAAGUCUUAUAUCUUCCAGAUCCAGAAUUAAAGGCUCCAUCCUAUGCCCCCCCACCUCUGGCAGGCUUGUAGACCCUGCCCAGCCCUACAAGAAGUGCAAAGUGGUCAACACCAGCAGAACUGCCUCUGAGGACAAGCUGGCCCCCCCUUGUCCCCAGUCGGACCCCAGGCAAGCAGCCUGCCCGAGGGGCAAGACCGAGUGCUGCAAGAUCAAAGGUGAAGAGGAGGAGGUGGACGGAGCUCUUCACGCCACCGUCAUUGACAGGAGUCUUUUUCUCAAGCGCAAACGUAGCACAGAUGAGGACGUUAGCGAAGACGCCAGCAAGCGGCCACAUUUCGAGGUCGUCCAGAGCGAAAGAAAUACUUCCUGGAGUGAAGUGGUGGGAGACCUCAUUGACCCCACAGACCUGGAGUGUUCCCUCUGCAUGAGGCUGUUCUAUGAGCCUGUCACCACUCCCUGUGGACACACCUUCUGUCUCAAGUGUCUGGAACGGUGUCUGGACCACAACCCUAAGUGUCCCCUCUGCAAGGAGGAGCUUUCUGAGUACCUGGCUCAGAGGCAGUACUGUAAGACCAUCCUUAUGGAGAACCUUAUCUACAAGUACCUGCCGACAGAGCUACUGGAGAGGCAGAACGUCAACCAGGAAGAAAUGGCUGAAUUAUCCAAUCUCAACAAGAACGUGCCUAUCUUUGUCUGCACCAUGGCCUUUCCCACUGUGCCCUGCCCGCUGCACAUCUUUGAGCCUUGCUACCGCCUGAUGAUCCGCAGAUGCAUGGAGACUGGGACCAAGCAGUUUGGGAUGUGUCUGGGGGACUCCCUCAAAGGGUUUGCGGACUAUGGCUGCUUGCUAGAGAUCCGAAACGUGGAGUUCUUCGCCGACGGACGCUCGGUGGCAGACACCAUCGGCCGGAGGAGGUUCAAGGUCAUCCAGCACAGCCAGAGGGACGGCUAUAACACAGCCGACAUCGAGUACCUGGAGGACGUCAAGGUGGAGGGGCUGGCGGAGCAGGAGCUGCAGUGUCUUCAUGAUGCAGUGUACGACCAGGCCCUGGUCUGGGUCAACUCCCUGAAGCCUGAGCAGAAGGAGCGCAUCGUGGGCCACUUCGGACCCAUGCCAGAGAAAGACUCCCAGCCUCAGGCCAGUCCCAACGGUCCGUCCUGGUGCUGGUGGCUGCUAGCAGUUCUGCCCCUAGAGGGUCGCGCCCAGCUGCCCUUCCUCGCACUCACCUCCCUCAAGGACCGCCUCAGCGGCAUCCGCAGGGUGCUGCUCUUCAUGGCCCGCAAUCGCCAGCGGUGACUCGAAUCAGCCUCGCUCAUUCCGCAUCCUCCAUGCCCCCUAGCCUCAGAGACCCUCUCAGUGUCCCACUGAACUGUCCCUGAGGACACCCCCCCUCCCUUAUAUACCCCUCAUGUAGCUCCCCCCCAACCCCAGAGAUACUUCCUACAAGGACUUCCUCAUCUAAGUCCUGUCUGACUGUACGUUUUGCAAAACAAACAAAAAAAGACCAAAUUGCUGAGUUAUCAAGCCUUCAUGUAAAUACUAGACUUGGGCAAGAAAGUGACAAUGAUUCUUCACUAUCUGUGCGUUGAAGAUUGGGUGUCUUCCUACCAAGUUUGCUUUCUUCCUCCCUCUCUUCUCUCCUUCUUCCAAGAACUAGAAGCUAAAAUGGACCGUGAUCUUUGAAUCUGAGUGCUUUAAAACUGAUAUGGAUUUUGUGUUAUUGAUUUGAUUUGUUUUAUAUUUUUAUCCUCCCCGUUAUUUAUAAACGUGUGUGUGCAUGCAAUAUUGUUUACAUGAGCAGGAUGCCGAAAGCCGAACUAAUAGAUAGCUUGUUUCCAAAGGGUUUAACCUAUUAAAUCAACACCUACCAACAUACAUAUAAAAAACUAAGAGAAAAGGACUAUUCUGUCCAGAAAAACCAACUACCAAGUGUAUCUGAGUUCCAUUGAGGCCUAGACUUGCCAUUUUUUCCUCCAGAGGAUUAUCAUAUGUUUUCCUGACCCACAGUGAAGGUAUAAAAGACCUGGGUCAUUUACCAUUCGUAAAUACUAGAAAGAAGAAAUACUUCACACAGCACAAUAGAACAGCACCAAACAGUGCAAACCUUGAGUUCAAACGAACACGCUUCAAAAGUAUUUAUUCGGUGUAUUUGACUUUGGUUUGUUGGUAGCUAUACUAGGUACAAGUAAGGAUCAAGUAUUUAUUGGUAUUUAUAUGUUCAACUUGCACUUCUAGUUUAAGUAAGGGAAAGUAUGUCAUUGACCAGGAUAUGGUCUGUAGUGCUUCCCGAACUACAAACGAUUUCCCUGCAUGCUUCUGGGUAAGAGGUUAGUAGUGAACCUUACCUUCAGAAAAGUAUGUUUUUCAACGUUGGAUGAUACAUAUUCCUUUGUUCGCCAGACUUUUUCAUCAUUUUCGACUAUAAUUUCCAUGUUAUGAUGUCCUCCUUUUUCUACAAAACCUAUUGGUCAAGGAUGGUUUUGUUAAAGAAAUGUGUGUAUAAAUGCAAGAUGUUUUGUAUUCCAAGGGCCAAUACCAUGUAACUGUAUAGAGGACUGUACAGGCAUAUAUCCUCAGUUGUCCGUGGCAUAAAUAUACUCUCUGAACUUAAUGGACUCUUCAAAGGCCACAACAACUUAAAUAAGUUAUAAGUAACAGUAAUGGCAAUAACUGCUCUUAUUUCGGCUUACCAGAGAUUGGCUGAGAAAGGGGGUAAAACUAGUUGAAUGUCACUUUGCAAUCACAGUUGUUGGGAAGUAUCAGCUUUCAGUACUGCAGUUGGAAUAUCAGUCUGACCACCCUGACACUUUCCUGUUAAUGUUUAUGGUGUUUGGUAUCAAAAAGCUGGAAUUCAACUUAUUGCCCCAAGAAAUUCUCAAAUUAGCUCUCUGUAUUGGAAAUUGAGUUCCAAUGACCCAAAUGUUCCUCAAGAUGCCUGUUCAACUUCAGAUACCUAAAAAGAAUCUUUCUUGGCUGAGCAACAAGCCCGUAACACCACAGACUGAUAAGAUUGUGUUCUUUGUUAUUUAUUUAUUUCAAAUCAUUUGAACCUGAUGCCUGUGUUUUUCAAACUGUUCUCCAGUUGAUCACAAGCUGUAGCAGAAGAACACAGAUCUCCUUUUGAACAUGUUUAGUGCCUUAAGUUGGAUUGCUUCCAUGUUGUCACUUGACCAUCCCAUGCUGUUCAAAAUGAGGUAGCUAUAGAAAAGUAGCAAAGAAAAUUCAAUGACAUUUCUAAAGAGAUUUGGCCCAAAUGCAGAAAUUAGGAACUAGUUCCUAGUUUCUUGAAGAUGUAAAAAUAAUGAUCCUUGCACUUGUUUCAAAAUAUUGGUACUAGAUAUUGUCUUACAAAGUCUUAUUGUUUCAAUUGAGUGUGUCAUAAAUUGGCAGAUUUUUUGACAUCAUUGAGAUCCCAGGGUCAAGAAUUUGAAAAUGUAUACUGUGAAUUCUUUUGGCAUACAUUAUGUCAAGGACACAGUCUAAAACACAGUUUCUUAUCCAAUAAGCCACAUCCUAUGUGUAUGACUAGUCAUGUAAUCUAAACCAAACUGUUCUUCAGCUAUGCAAAGCUCCAUUCAGUUAUUCCAUAGAAAUUGGCAAAACCCAGUAUCGACCCAGAAAAAAGAAAUGUCUUCACCUUGUUUGAAAUUUUGCACUUGGCCUUUGACAAACAAGCUCAGUCAAAUCUACCUCUGGAAAACCCCUUGUAGCUCUUCCGCACAACGCUCUCAUUGAUUAUUAUCAAAGUGUUGUUAUUGGUUUCCAUGAAGAUGACCAUGAGGCUUAUUCAGUGGUUGUAUAACAAAUGGCCUCUAACUGUAUGCGUGUUUACAAAAAUGAAUGUACGUUGUUCAACAUCCUCUGAUGUUAUACAGUUUGUCUGUUUUUGAUAUAGUAAUUAGUAUGCAAUGUUUAUGUACAGUUAAACAAGAACACUUCUGAAUAAAAAAGAUGAAGCUCUGUAUCCCCGUGAUGCAGAGGACACAAACACA